AUGAAUCAUGCAAGUAAGAGUUAUUUUAAUAUAUAUUAAAGAAAAGGUUUUGGUUCAUUAAAUAGCCUAACAUAAAAUCAUAUCAAAUCAUAAAUCUAAAUUUGUUUAGUAUUUAAAUGUUAAAAAAAGAAAAUAAAGAAUUGAAAGAAAGAUGUAAUAAGGUUUAAGUGCCUAUUCAAUUUUUUAAGAAAAAUUUGUUUCGUUUAAUCAAUACAGAGAGCUCUCUAAUAUAUCAAAGGCAAUUAAUGAAUAACUUUGGUAAAAAUUAAGAAAGUGUGCUACUCUGAUUUAAUUUAAAGAAGAUUACACUAUAGAUAAGGUUUAUUGGGAAAAGUAGCUUUGCAAAAGAGUCUUAGACUAUAAAUAAAUCAACAAAGAAAUUGUGUGGCAUAAAAAAUAUUUAAAAAUUAAAAAUUCAGAAACUGGCCGAAUAGCUUUAGUUAAAGAAAUGACUAUAAUGAGAAAGAUAAAUCACAAAGAUCUUAUUUUGAUACAUGAUUAUGAAGAAAGUAGUUCAGGAUUCAAACAUAAUAGUCAAAUUAAUCUUUAAAAAAAAGUUGAAGACUAUAAAUUUAUAAGUUGGUUUUUGAUUUAAAGUAGAGAUAAGAUGAAGUCGUAACAGAUAAUGAUUAAUAAGUUCCAAUAGUACAAUUUUAAGAGAGAAAGCUGAUGUGAUGUCAUAAAGAUAUCUAAAAAAUCUAUAAAAAAUAGAAAGGGCUUUGGCAUUUGAAUAUAAAUACAAUAAUUGAUGGAAUUUUAAUUGUAUUUAAUAUAUUAGACAUCAUUCUGCACCUGAAUACACUCCAGAAUCAGAUAUAGUUCAUGGUUAAGGAGUAGUAAUAUAACAAUUUAUUAAAUUCAGGCGGUUUAC